AUGCAAAAGAAGAAGCUUAAUGCCAAUCUGAAUCCUCAAAAGAAGAAGCGUGAAAGGAGUGGUGGUACAAAGAGGUGUGGUUGCCCAUUUCGCUUGAAGGGCAAAAAUGUUGGCCCUGAGGAUGAGUGGACCCUUGAGGUGGUAAAUGGGAUGCAUAACCAUCAUGCUGCAAAGUAUCCUGAAGGGCAUUCCUUCCUGGGGCGAUUAACCAAGGAAGAAAAUAAUUUGUUGGUUGAUAUGUCAAAGAACUUGGUAAAUCCAAAAGAAAUAUUAUACACUUUGAAGCAAAAUGACCCACUCAAUUCAAGCACUAUGAAGACAAUCUACAAUGCUCGACAUAUUCAAAGGGUGGUUGAAAAAGCUGGUAGGUCAGAGAUGCAAAUAUUGCUAAACAAUUUGCAGAAAUACAAUUAUGUGGAGUGGCAUAGGAGUUAUGGCACAGAGAACAUUGUGAGUGACUUGUUCUGGACUCAUCCUGAUAGUGUAAAUCUGCUACGUGCAUUUCCUUAUGUUUUAAUAAUGGAUGCCACAUACAAGACAAAUAAGUUUCGAUAUCCAUUGUUAGAGAUUGUGGGGGUGACAUCUACAGAAUUAACAUUCCAUGCUGCAUUUGCAUACAUCCAUGCUGAGAAAGAGGAAAAUUACGUUUGGGCUUUAUCUAGAUUGAAGAGUGUGAUGAAUGAAGACUGUCUUCCAAGUGUGAUUGUUACUGACAGAGAGCUAGCACUCAUGAAUGCCAUUCGUCGAGUGUUCCCUGCUGCUCAACAUUUAUUGUGCAGAUGGCAUAUUAAUAGGGCAGUGUUGGGAAAAUGCAAAAAGCUUGUUGAUAACCAAGUGAAGUUUAAAAAGUUGAUGCAGGCAUGGAACACAUUGGUCUUUUCAGAUACGAUACCUGACUAUGAAAGACAUUUACAUGAGUUCGAGAGAGACUACAAAAAAUAUGAUGAAGUACUAACCUAUGUGAAAGGAACUUGGUUGAAUGAAUAUAAGGAAAGAUUUGUUGAAGCAUGGACGAACAAUUAUAUGCAUUUUGGAACGAUGACUUCAAACAGGGCGGAAAGUGCUCAUUCAAAAUUGAAGCGACAUUUGAUGUCUAGUCUGUGCAACUUUGAUACAUCAUGGAAAAAGAUUCACGCCUUAUUGGUGUUGCAACACACAGAAGUAAAGGCUUCAUUUGAGAAAAGUCUUAUAUUUGUCCGACAUGACUUCAUGAAGAAUGAGUUUAAGAAAAACACAUGGGUUGCCAUGUGCACAUGA